AUGAAGCUAAACCUUUUCCUCUCGGCACUGCUCGCCACCAGCAGCGCCGUGGCUCUUGUAAUGCCCAGGGAGGCAUUGGCCGCGCCAAAUGGUCUGGCUAUCAACGACCUUGCUAAGCGAGGCAAGACUAUUCGGUCUACCGAAGCUGCCUUGGAAAUCAGGGGCAAGACUAUCCGGUCAACCGAAGCCGCUUUGGAAGUCCGGGGCAAGACUAUCCGAAGUACAGAGUCCCUUGCGGCUCGUGGUAAAACCGUGAGGCCCCGUGGCAAGACCAUCCGCUCAGAGAAGCGUGGAAAGACUGUCAGGGCUGCGCUUGAUGCCCGUGGUAAAACUGUUCGAAGCGCAGAGUCCGUCGAGGCUCGCGGCAAGACCAUUAGGGCUCGUGGUAAGACUAUCAGGGCUCGUGGCAAGACUGUGCGAGCUCGUGGCAGGUCGUUGAGGGCGCGUGGUAAGACCGUUCGCUCGGAGGAGAAGAGGGGAAAGACUGUCCGGGCUGCUUUGGAUGCUCGUGGCAAGACUAUCAGGAGCGCUGAGCCUAUCGAGGCUCGUGGAAAGACGGUGAGGAGUGCAGAGCCCGUCGAGGCCCGUGGCAAGACGAUCCGAUCUGUUGAGGUAGAAGCCCGCGGCAAGACUAUUCGCUCUGAGAAGCGCGGCAAGACUGUUCGCUCUGCGGAGAAGCGUGGCAAGACUGUUCGCUCUGAGAAGCGCGGCAAGACUGUUCGCUCUGCGGAGAAGCGUGGCAAGACUAUUCGCUCAGAGUAG